CACGCUCCUGAGCGCGGCUACGCCAAGGACUCUGCAGCGCCGCUCCAAACUAAAAUGGACAUCCGCAAGCAGCAGAAGCAGGCCAUCCUGAAGAUGUUAGCAUUAAACGAGGACGACGAGACGUCCGCCGAAGCGCCCAUCGACUGGAAGGUCCUGAUCCUCGACGAGCCCUGCCGCGAGCUCCUGGCGCCGCUCGUGAGCGUCAACGAGCUGCGCGCCCGCGGCGUGACGCUGCACGCGCCCAUCGAGUCGCCGCGCGACGCGCUGGGCGACGUGGCCGCCGUGUACCUGUGCCGACCGAGCGCAGCCAACGCGGCUCGUAUCGCUAAAGACGCGGCGCAGGCCUUGUAUGGGGCGCUCCACUGCAACUGGAGCCGCCGCGCGGAGCGCAAGGUCCUGGAGGGCUUCGCGCGGGAGCUCGCGGCGGCGCCGCCGCGCGAGGGCCUGCCGGCGGCCGAGGACCUCGUGCGGAGCGUCUGGGACCGGCACGUCGACUUCGUCGCGCUCGAGCCGCGGCUCUUCCACCUCAGGUUACAAAGGAGGCUCAAGGAGGUCUGCGGCGCGGGCCUCGCGGCGCCGGAGCGGGUCCUGGAGGAGGUCGCCGAAGAGGUCGCGGCGGGGCUCUUCUGCGCGUGCGCCGCCGUCGGCGCCGCGGCGCCCGUCGUGCGCGCGCGGCCGGGGGGCUGCGCCGCGCGGGCCGCGGCCAAGCUGCACGCCCGGCUCCACGACGAGUGGCGGCGCCGCGGCGGCGCCGCGGCGCCGGCGCCGCCGACGGGCGCCGCGCGGCCGCUCGUCGUGCUCCUGGACCGCGCCGACGACCUCGCGGCGCCGCUGCGCCACGCCGAGACGUACCAGGCGCUGGUGGACGACGUGCUGGACCACCGGGGCGGGCGCGCGACCUUCGUCGACAACGACGCGUCGAGGACCGUGGAUUUGCGCGUCGACGAGGACGCCUUCUACGCGCAGCACGCGGCGCGGAGCUUUCCCGACGUCAUCGACGCGUCCGCCGACGCGCUGGCGCAGCUCCGCGCGCGCGAGAACGCGCUGCGGGCGCGGGGCGGCGGCGAGGCCGACGGCCUCGCGGAGACGGUCGGCGAGCUGCCGCGCCUGCUGGAGCGGAAGAAGCGGCUGGAGCUGCACACGGCCGUGCUCGGGGCCGUCAUGAAGCAGGUCGUCGCGCGCGAGGUGCCGCGCUACGCCGAGGCCGAGGAGCCGCGCGCGGCCGCGGCGGACGUCGAAGGGUUGUUGGGCGAAGGGGCCAAGGGCACCGUCGACGACAAGCUGCGGCUGCUCGGCGUCGCGGGCCUGCAGGGCGGCCUCGACGACGACGCCUUCGCGGCGCUCGCGGCGGCGGCGGGCUGCGCCGAGGGCCCGGACCGGGCCCGCCUCGCGCGCGGCGUCGCGGCCAUUGGGGAAGCGCGGAAGCUCGCCGCCGCGGCGCCGGCGCCCGUCGCCGAGGCGGCCGACGACGAGGGCCUGGCGAGCGUGCUGGCCAAGGCCCAGGCCGGGGCCAAGACCGUGGCCGCGGCGGCCGCGUCCAAGGUCGGGAGCCUGCUGUCGCGGGCGUCGGCGCUGCAGGCCGUGCGGGCCGUCGGGAACCUCUUCGAGGCGCGGCCCGGCACGGAGCACGACACCUGGUUGGAAUUGGACGCGAAGGUCGGGCCCGCCGCCUACGCGACCGACGCCGCGCCGCCGAAGCUGCCGGCCGCCGAGACGCCGCUCGACGCCAUCGUCUUCCACGUCGGCGCCGGGUCGUACCUCGAGCACCACGCCUUGCAGCGCGCCUUCGCCGAGGGGCCGCGGACGGUGUGCUACGGGGCCGCGGACCUCGCGGACCCGACGGCGUUCCUCGAGGAGAUCAUGGAGCUGGGGGCUUGA